AUGGUGGAACGUAUUAAAAGCCUCGUUAUAAGAUGUGAAAGUGUACGAAAUCUUUCAAUUUCUGAAGAUAGCGUAAACGAAGUAAAAGAAAUCUAUGCUGUAAGUAAAGAAAUAAGCAAUAAGUUAUAUAGAAAACUUAUCAGUCUCGUUUGGGAUGUUGGAGACAUUAUUCUGUAUCAGCAGCAGCUCAAAAAAGCUCGGGAUUGGAAAAGCUGACACUCUGCUGCCGAACAAAUAGACAGGAUUGAAGGCAAGGAUGAGUGGAAAAAACGUGAGCAAAGCCCGCUUUAUGACUAUAGGCUCCUUCGUCGACGGCUGAAACUGAUUCGCAGUCUUCGGCAGCAAGAUGAUAUUCCAGCCUUGGUUCAUCACCUUCGUUCAGGCCUUCUACGUGGAUUAGGUGGAAGUUUAAAUUCAACUUUAUAUACGAAAACUCUAGUAGAUACCAAACAAUUGAUCGUGGAGUAUCAAGAUGAAGUUUCAAAUGCCUUGCGACAUGUUUUGCACUCCCCGAAAUACCCACUUCUAGAGAAAGUGAAAUUUUUUUCAGCAUCAAGAUAUGCCUUUGGAAAAACUGCGCUCCUUAUGAGCGGAGGCGGAGGCUUAGGACUUUACCAUUUAGGAGUUGUCAAAGCUUUAUACGACCAAGGACUACUGCCCAGAAUUAUAUGCGGAACUUCAGCUGGCUCCAUGGUCGCUUCAUUUAUUGGAACUACAAAAUGAGAAGACAUUCCUAAAUGGUUUGGAAAAGGAGCUUUAAAAUACGGCCCUUUUGAAGGACUUGCUAAAGGCUCAGUUCAGCGAAAAAUAAGAAGACUAUUCAAACAAGGCCACCUUAUGGACAGCAAAACACUUGAAGUCUUUUUAAGGGCAAAUCUCGGAGAAGUCACCUUUGAAGAAGCUUAUGAAGCAACAGGCAUUAUAUUAAAUAUAACUGUAAGCGAGUCUGGAAGUUUUGACGACUUCCGGCUGCUGAACUAUUUAACAGCUCCUCACGUCUUAGUGUGAAGCGCUGCUUUGGCAUCGUGUGCUAUUCCUUUUGUAUUCCAAAGCGUGGAGCUUAAAUGUAAAGAUUAUAAUGGCCAAACCGUCCCUUUCCACCCAAGCGGCCUGAAAUUCAUUGAUGGGACUAUAAAAGCAGAUUUGCCAACACAAAAGCUUGCAGAAAUGUUUAAUGUGAACGCUUUUAUAGUUUCCCAAACAAACCCAUGGGUGUUACCAUUUUUGACACCAGAGGACGGAGGCGGGACUUGGGGCGACAGCUUUAAAUUCAAACUGUUUAAGGCUGUUAAAAGGCUGAUUAUGAUGGAAUUCAGACAUAGAGUUCAGCAGUUGAAUCUGUUGGAUUUAAGCAGCACUUUGACGUGGUUUUUGAGUAUUUUUACUCAGGAGUACAGAGGCCAUGUGACGAUUUGGCCAGUUCCUGGAUCUAUGUCAAAUGAUCGUGAACUCUUGAUAGUAUGACAUUUUCUAGGGAAUUUUUUUUGAUAGUGAGGCAUUCAAUCAAGAACUAUUAAAUCUUGACCAAUUUGGGCUCUAUUAAAAAAUGUUUUGACCAAAAUUUCUUCGAUGAAAUGCACUUACUUAAUUUAUUAAUUUUACCUGCCUCCAGUUGGGCCUCUAGUUGCCGAGAAACGAUUUUUUUCUCUGUCUUGUCAUUACUCUCGAACUUGUGUCGGGACUAGCAGUCUGUUUGGCUCUUUCAAGUUCCGUAAAGCCAUUUGGGAAGCCAAAAGUACGGGAACACAGCCUAAGGGUCCUGCCUUUCAUAUCAGCAAGGGAAAGAGGUAGCAACUUUGGUCAGAAAUAAAUGAUGACGUUGACGGAAAUAUGUCUUUGAGGCACUCCUAUUAGUAGGACCGAUCCUGAUAAAGCUGAAAGCAGGGCCUCUAUCUUUUUUUAAAUAGGCCUUAAAGGUCUGGGGAUGCCUUGCUAAAGAGCGAUUUUUUUUCUUUCCUGUCCCUGCCAAGUAGGUUGUCUUUCAUAUAGUCUUCGUCCAUUAGGACACCCGACAAAGACUCUAACCUAGCAAACUAAUCCUUAGGCUCGGGGGUCUCUCCAGAGAAUUAAAGAAUGUAAAAUUUUGGUUGGGCCUUACAUUUACACCUGGUGUAUACGCACCCAGUGUAAUUAAAUUAGUCCGGCUAGUGGGGUUCGCUUAUGGCCAUAAAAUCUUUAUCUUAAUCACCUUUUUCUUCUUGCAUGUAAAAAUCUAACUCAAUAAUAGUAAAGGUUGGGUGAGGGAAAAGGAAUUCACUGAGUGAGUUACUUUUUUAUCCUUAUAUUUUAUUAUUCGAUGAAAUGCACACUAUUAAAGUGCACGAUCAUUGGACCUGCGCCCAGUUCCUUCACUUAAAGACUAUGUCAAUAUUUUGUCAAACCCAACGGAUGAAGACAUUCAAAGAUGUGUGAGGAAAGGACAGUUAAGGACUUUCCCUAAGAUUAAUAUGCUGAAAUCGAUAAUGGUGAUUGAGAAAACGUUUGAGUCCUGCUAUCAUGAGCUGAGAGACAGAAUUCAUGCCCAAGAUCGACGAUCAAGGUUUUCAUUUGAUGGGCAGCCUGAAGAAACCAUGCUAAAAGAAAGCUUGUACCAAGCUGAGUUUGAUAUAUACUGUUUUAAAAUGAUUUCUACAACUUUACUAAUGCUUUUACUAUCAAUCAGAGCCCAAUCUCCUAAAGUAUAUUUAUUGCUAAAAUAAAUUAACUGCUAAUUCAAUUGAAUUUUCUAUUGACUAAAAAAAUAUAUUAAACAUAAUUUAUGCCAAAUCAAUGAAAAAAGCAUAAUUCCUGACAUCAAAGAUGAAUUCGAGCACGAAGAAGUCAUCGUUGAUGCCCAAUAA